UAUUGGAGAGCCAAAAAGACGACGAACGAACGCGACCCAAUCAAAGUUGCCGACAACAAGUUGAACUUUUUACGCCAACACGAGCCUCAAGUCGUUUCGUCUCGUUGCUCACUGACUUGGAGAGACGAAAACGAAGAAAAAUGUCACCUUUUGGAACCUGGGCAAACCUUUUGGCUCUCGGCCUUCUACUCAUUUUCUCCACUUUGUCGUCCUCCGAGUCGGUCCGAGAGACGGAGACGUGGAUGCCCCUGAAGGCCACGCACGCCGUCGGCAUGGCAACAAACCAGCGCGAUCGCCACGAGUCGUCGGGCGACUUCGGCUUCACGGACGACUACUAUUACGACGAUGACGAGGAGGAUGAAGACGAGAUGUCAGGGUCGGGCGACGUCGCGGAGAGCGACCGAUCGGGCGAGGACCGGUCCACCGGACGUGACGGGUCGCCGCCCACGAGGCGCCCCGACACGGACAACGAGAUUCCGGAGCGGGCGGCCCCGUCCCGUCCCGCCCACGAGGACGUGGCGCGUAACGGCAACGUGAUCCCGCCGCUGCGGAAGGGGCCCCCCCGCGCGUCCGACGUGCUGAUGUCGCACGCCGCCGCCCGCGACGACUUCUUCGCCAGGACCGACGUGCUCGCGGCGCUAAUCUGCGGUGGCGGCGUGGGCCUGGCGCUGGCGGUUCUGCUGCUCGUCCACCGCAUGAAGAAGAAAGACGAAGGAAGCUACGAGCUGGCCAAGAAGCCCAUCUACACCAAGACCCCCACUGUCGAGAUCUACGCCUAGCCCCCCGCCCGCUUCCCCCUUAUUUAUUCACUACACACGAGCUAAGCUAUCUGUAGCGCCCCCGUGACGCUAAUCUGAAUAUAUUUUUUAUUUUUGUAUCGCCGACGUGGCCUUUAAGAUGAUGGCGUCCUUUCUGCCUUGCAAAUAUUCCAGUCGAUCCUCAUGCCAAUUUUUGUUAUUCCUGUCAAGGAGUUUGCGUGACACUAAGCGCAUUUUUAGAAAAACUAACUUUUAUAUAAACAUUACAUGCGCGUGCGCGCACACACACUAGACACACUUGGGUGGUGUGAAAACGCCAUGUGAAUCAAAACAGUUUGACUUGGAACAAAUUUACAACUGCCGUUGACACAUUUAGGCAAAUGGUACAAGUUAGCAUGCUAAUGCUAAAGGCUUGGUUGUUGACUAAGUGCUUCGUCAGCUGAUGCGUAGCGAACGGUGCUUCCGAUGGCGGGUGAGGGGACUGCAGGGGGGAUGUGCGGCAGCUGGGUUGGCUAAGUGGAGCAAAAAGCUGGAAGCUGCCAAGUAAACAUUUAGCCCCACCCUCUCACCACGCCCUUGCUUGUGAUUGGACAUAGUAACUAGUGUGUGUGUUCGGCUGCGCGUGUUUGAGCUUGUAUGUUUGAGUGAGUGUUUGAGUGCGGAUGUUCGAGUGUGUUUGGUUAGCUGGCGUGUGUGUGUGUGUGGGGGGGGGGGGCAGUUGUUAGUUAGCUGUAACCAAUUUAACAUCUAGCUCCGCCCCCUCCUCUCACAACACGCUUGUUUGUGAUUGGAUGAAGUGAUGCGGUACUUUUUUUUUUUUCCAUUCUUUUGUCAAUAUGCUCCUUUUUUGUUUUUAAAGAUUUGCGUGAAUUUGCAGAAUGACAUCUGCCAAAUAUUUCAACCAAACGUUUGAGUUGGUUUGCUCGUUAGACGGAAAAGUCUCAUCAUUGUCAUUUUCUAUUUAUGUUGAGUUUUCAGUCCUUGAACUUUGACCUUCCACCACUAGCGUACAUUUGCUAGCUCGCUGCUCAAAGUCAUAGGUCGGUCAUCUUUGUUUGUGGAAAUAAAUAAAAAAUUAUGCACAAAAAAC